AUGCCUGAACGCUUUGAGACGGAGUAUGGCAGCGGGCGUCUCUCGGGCAUCUUAGCAUCCGACGACAUUUUCGUGGGCCCCUUCCGUGUGAAAGCGCAGAGCUUGGGCCUCAUCUCAGAGGAGUCCGGGGAUGCCUUCGCUGCCUUCCCCAUUGAUGGCAUCGUUGGCUUGGCCUUCUCAGCGCUCUCCGUCAAGACACGGUCGCUUUUGGAUCAUCUGGUAGAAGAGAGUGCCAUGCCGAAGCCCGAAUUCGCUUUCUACUUGCACAGGAACCCGACCAAGGGCGGUGCGGUGAUUUGGGGAGGAGGUGCCGAUCGCCUUGGCCUGCAUGAUGGAGACAUGAAGUGGUUUCCCGUUGCAGAAGAGCGGUUUUGGUCCCUCGCACUGCGUGGCUUUCGCCUCGGAAGUGCGGAAGAUGAGCAGCUGCUUCCCCUGCUUCUCCCCAAGAAGCCGGAAGCAGGAGAUGGUCCCGUCCUCCUACAAGGACUGCCUGAGAAUGCAAUCCUUGUCGUGGACAGUGGGACUACGUUCUUCACGGCACCGCCCAGGCUCUUCAACAAAAUUACAGAGAAGGUGUGGCCCAUGAAUUGUGACAAGAUCCACACACUCCCAGAAUUCGUUUUCACAGUGGGGACAAAUAUGUCCAACCAUAGCGCCGUCCACGAGCUCAGGGUGCCUCCAGAUGUCUACAUGAUCCAGAACGCUUUCACCGGAGACUGCAUGCCCGGCGUGAUGAACAUGGAGCCCGGCUUCCACGACCGCCCCUUUAUGAUCUUGGGGGAAGUCUUCCUGCGGCACUACUUCUCCAUCUUCCGCAAGGGCCGCGUGCCUGGUGAUUCCUGGUUGGGUUUGGCCCCGGCGCGGGCAAGUGAGGUUUGGGCGGGGAACAGCGGUGACGUGGCCCACUACAUCCUUGAGCGAUUUGGUGAGCAUUCGGUAGCCAUGGUUUUCAUGGAUCAUCGAGGCAGCCUUUUUCAUGAUGACUUGCAGACCUUUGAGGAGAUGAACUUGCUGCAGGAUGGCUGCCGAGUUCUAGCAGACAACACCUUGAAGCCCGGCGCGCCGCUGUUUCUGUGGCAUGUCAGCCGCAGUCCCGCCUUUAGCACGGACCUGGUGGUGGUGCCGGAGUUCGGUUUGGGGCACCAGGUGUUGCAGGACUGGGUGGCCGUCAGCCGUUACAACCUGGGAGUGGAAGGCUGCUCUGCACCGCCUCCCCCAGUCGUCACAGAGCUGUCUGAGCGCUGCGAUGCGCUUCGACGGCUGUCCCUCUCAGGCGGACUGGCCUCGCAGGACUGGGCCAAGCAUGCAGAGGAGAUGGAGUCUGCAUUGAAAGCGCUCGACAUCGACGCCACGGUAGCAAGUGGAGAGCCAGAUGGCCGCUUCGAGGAUAGAAAAUCAAUGGCCCUCAACUCCUGA